AACCUUAUAGUAGGCCGAUAACAGCCGUGGUGUUGUGUGCUUGGAAGCGGCGCGAAAUAAUACUUUAUCAAAUCUUUUGCUCCCAGAAUUACCAAAUGAGAGACAAUUAUAUAAUUAUGAAUUCAUUUUAGAAUAAUAUUCUGUUUUUAGUCGGUCUUUAAUUUCAGUUGUACAAAAAUUAUGUCGUUCGAAAGCUUGGCAAAAGAUCCUAUUUUUUCAUCGGGAUUUGUACUGUUGAACGAAAUUGAUGACAAAAAAUUUGUUCGUUUAGUGGACAGGAUGUUUAAAGAUUUUGAACCCAAUAGAUCUUCAUUAUUUACAGAACAUGAAUUGGCAUCUAUAGAAAAAUCAUUGAAAUUGAAUAGUGAUCAAUGCCAAUGUAUACUGAAUUGUCUAAACCGUUUGUUAAAACAAGUAAUAAGUGAUGUGAUCAAACCUGUUGUAUUGAAAAGUGUAUUGUCCAAUAUAUUUUCCUUUAAUGUAAGCAAAGUUCAAUUGUUUUGUAACUGUUGGACUGCUAAUGCUGAACAAGUAGUUUCCAGGCUUCAGCAAAACUUCACUCAUUUUUACAGGUUAAAGGAUGUGAAUUGGGCAAUACAUAUUUCAUCAAACGUAGGAAUUGAAUUAUCUGAUCCAGAACCUAGAUGCUUAAUAGAAUUUAAAGUAGAAGACAGUUUAUGUAAUGAUGAGCAUAAAACCAAAGAAAUUCUAUUGGAUAUGAAUGAAACAGAAUUGAAGAAAUUUUAUGAUACGUUAGAAACAAUUAAAGUACAAAUUAAUACUGCUUCAUAGUAAUAGUUACAAUUUUAAUUG